AUGCCUCGUCUCCCCCCACGACUUUCCCUCACCCUCAUGCCCCCUUCUGACUUCGCCUCUCUAUCAUUCCUGUUGCACUUUUGCUCGCUCGUUCUCCCCUCAACGCCUGCUCUCUUCUCUUCCUCCUCUGUUCCCCCCCUCUUUUCCCCCUCCUCUCUCCCCCCUCUCCCCCUCCUCUCUCCCUCCUCUCUCCCUACCCACCUCCUUUCCCCCUCCUCGCCUCCUCCCCCAAUCCUCACCUCCAUUCCCCAGUGGCAGCAGCAGCUGGGGAGCACCAGGGAGUGGGCAGCACGGAGUGUGGAGGACAAUUGCCUCUUCCACUACCGCAGAGUAAGAAGAGUGGCACUUCCUCCUUCCACUCAUUCACCGGUAUCCAAACAGGGAGGCUCUCUGGAUCCACCGUCGCUUCCUCGCACUCUUCUGGUGCUGCCACCUGUCGCCGCCUGA